AGUAUUUUUGAGCACACUCCAAGUGGCCGGAGAGCCUCAGCCUCAGAUGACAGCUCCGUUUACAUUUUUUGUUUAUUUACGCGACUGUAACUGCGAUGCGAUUUCAAGGAACAGUGCGUUGAAUGUUAAGAAUAAAUACGUGAGAAUUAUAUAAUAUUAAAUGAAUCAAUGAGAGACAGACGUAAUCUUGGAUUUUCUUCUAUCAAAAGCAUUUUUAUCGACGAUGAUACACGAAUAUAACGCCUGAUUUUACAUACAAGUUAUAUAUGAAUUUAUAAAAUUAAUAAUAAUUUAAAAGUGUUAUGAGAGAGAAAUAACUCAGGACACGUGCGCACGAGUCGAUAUCCUUGAGACGAAUUCAACUUGUAUUUCGCAAAAAUUUUCCCACAUUUCAUCUUGUGAAAUCGAUGAAGAGAUAGAGACAUAUCAGUUGAAUUGGAUCUUGUAUUUUCAAGGAAAAAAAAAUAUAGAAAAAGAAUUCGCAUUCGCGAGCAAAGAAUGGCGGGAAUUAUUCGUGCAUCGAUUUCAAGCUCGCGAUUGCAUUUAAAAGGUCUCGCACGUUUAUUCUCAUCCAAAAGCGUGGACGAGGUCGGCGAGAGUCCGAGAUUACGUGAAUUUCGAAAAAAAUUGCGCGAACGCACCCCCAUAGAGAAACUAGAGGAGUUGGAAGAAAACAAGCACCCUUAUCAGGAGAAAGAACCCUUGAAACCGUUUCCGAACAAUACGAAUCCGGAAACAGGAGAGAUCGGAGGUCCUCGCGGACCAGAACCGACUCGUUAUGGCGACUGGGAGAGAAAGGGUCGUGUGACGGACUUUUAAACCCUCUGUCAUCUUAGAAAAAAAUAUAAAUUAUUUGUUAAUAGUUAGAAAUUACGUUAACGAAUUAAUUAUCGAUGCAUCGUAAAAAAAAGAUCUCUAUUUUAUAGAAUAAAAAUUGUAAAUAUAUAAAUAUAUAAAUUUGUAUUGCGAAAUGUCUCUAUCGCGAUCGCUAUCUAGUGCUAAUUCGUCUAAACAAAGUUAGG